ACGGUGGUGUUGAAAUGCCCGUCAAUCCGCACCUGCUAUCUCGGGCUCACGUGUGAACGCAGGUUAUUGAAGGCUCGAUGUCCGACACAAUGUCUGCCUCGCAGUAGGUCUCCAACUCAGCUCAACGAUUCAACCCCCGGUCCCGGUACCAAUCAGAUUGGAUAUAUAAUGCUGACAUAAAGAACCAGCGGAUCCGAGUUCCUUUGUCCCCCUUCCCCCCGAAGCGACGAAACUCAGAAGUGUACCCCCGCUAUGUCGGCGGCGCCAGAACUUGGGAACAGGAAGUACUGGGCGAAACCUUCGUCUAUGCCGAGGUCUAUUUGCCCGGCCAUGGGUAUCUCCCGGAGGGACCCUAUAUACAGGAAAUUUUCGAAUAGUAUGCGCUCUCUCGCGGAACAAUUCCUCGACACAAGUCGCAAUCUUGACAGUCAAGACCCGGAGCGGUGGCAAAAGUUUUUCCGCAAGGUUGUACAAAGCCACCCGUUUGUAACGAAGUUUCAGGACUCCUGGCCAGUGGAGGCAUACGUGAGGCGACACCUUUCGAGGACGAAGUGGCUUCACACGCGGAAGGCUACUAGUACCAACAGUGUGCGUUCCAAUCGGGCGGUCGCGGGCGUUGGAGGAGAUGGCAAUGCAAAUGAUGCACCUCGCCGCUUGCGCGACACUUCCACACAGUCUCAGGUCACAAUUUCUUCAAGUGCAUCAGCUACAUCGACUGCACCAUCCGCGUCAAUUGCACUGUCGCAGUCGCGCCCCCGUGCGCGUGUGGGGCCAGCUCCUAGUGCCAGUCCCGCAGCAGUUCCAGCACCAUCUGGUGUUCAAGUCAACGCGCCCCCUCCUCCGCCCAAAACAUCGCCUUUUAAGCUUCGCGAGGAGACCGUCCGCCAAUUCUUACGAUCGCUCAACCCAACCCUAGAAGAUCUUACGCAGAGGUUCAUCAGCGCAGGUCUUGUUAACAAGAAAUGCCUCGUCGCUCUGGCUGGUAUGCCUGAUUGGGAGAAAGACAAACUGUUACGCGACGACAUGUGUCUCACCCCGUUUCAAUCGCGCGUCGUUCGAGUCGGACUGGGGGAAUUGGAGUAAGUGAAUAGAACAGCAUAUGUGUAUCAGUACGUUUGUACGAAUAUGAAGUGGAACCGGAGGAUC